AUGCCUUUGGCCCCACUCACGGACGAGGAAAUUUAUGGCACAGGAGUCAGUAUCAAAGAAGAGCUCAGCGAAGAUAUUUCCGAGGAUACUUGUAUUGAAAUUAAGGAAGAACAAUUUGAUUAUGCAGGUAAAGAGAGAGAUGAAGUGAGUGAAGAGAAAGUGAAAUAUGAAUCUCUUCUCUUUCAUAAUCUUCUUGAACUAAGACAUGAAGGAAAUGCAAAGAACAUGUAUAAUUUGGUUCAGGAUCGCAAAGGCUCGUUGUUAAGAACGCCAUUUGUUGUUGAGAAUUGUCUGAAUAAGAAUUCAUCAAAUGGCGAUCAGGUGAUGCAUAAGGAAAGUCUUAAGCAGGGUACACAACCAAAAGUGGAAGCCAAAUUGAAAAGAUUUGUAUGUGAGGUAUGUGGCAAGAAAUUUCCUCAUAAGGGAUAUAUCAACAUUCAUAUAAGAGUUCACACAAAAGAGAAGCCAUUCAGCUGUGAGAUUUGCAGCAAGACCUUCUCUGAGAAAGGUACUCUAGUAAAGCACCUGAGAGUGCAUACAAAGGAGAAGCCAUUCAGCUGUGAGAUUUGCAGCAAGGCCUUCUCUCAGAAAUGUCAUCUAGUACGGCACAUAAGAGUACAUACAAAGGAGAAACCAUUCAGCUGUGAGAUUUGCAGGAAGACCUUCUCUAAGGAAAGUACUCUAGUAAAGCACAUGAGAGUCCAUACAAAGGAGAAGCCAUUCAGCUGUGAGAUUUGCAGCAAGACCUUCUCUCGGAAAGGUACUCUAGUAAAGCACAUGAGAGUCCAUACAAAGGAGAAGCCAUUCAGCUGUGAGAUUUGCAGCAAGGCCUUCUCUGUGAAAGAUACUCUAAUAAAGCACAUAAGAGUACAUACAAAGGAGAAGCCAUUCCGCUGUGAGAUUUGCAGCAAGGCCUUCUCUCAGAAAGUUCAUCUAGUACAGCACAUGAGAGUACAUACAAAGGAGAAGCCCUACAACUGUGAGAUUUGCAACAAGGCCUUCUCUGAGAAAAAUACUCUAAUAAAGCACAUGAGAGUCCAUACAAAGGAGAAGCCAUUCAGCUGUGAGAUUUGCAGCAAGGCCUUCUCUGUAAAAGAUACUCUAGUAAAGCACAUGAGAGUCCAUACAAAGGAGAAGCCCUACAGCUGUGAGAUUUGCAACAAGGCCUUCUCUGAGAAAACUAACCUGGUGCGUCACAUGAGGGUACAUAUUAAAGGGAAACCGUACAGCUGUGAGAUCUGCAACAAGGCCUUCUCUGAUAAAAGUACUCUAGUAGGGCACAUGAGAGUACAUACAAAGGAGAAGCCAUUCAGAUGCUAGAUUUGCAGCAAGGCCUUCUCUAGGAAAAAUAUUGUAGUAAAACACAUGAAAGUACAUACAAAGGAGAAGCCAUUCAGCAAGGAAAUUUUCAACAAGGCUUCUCCACGAAGAAAUAAUUUAGUUAGAGAUACGAGAGUACAUACAAAAGAAGAAGCCAUAAAACUGCAAUUUUAAGAAAAGCCUUCUCAGGAAAAAUAAAACCUAAAGCAAAACAUGAGAGUACAUGUACAUGAGGAUUUAUACAGCUUCCCUCAAAAAAGUGAUAUUGCAAUUAGAGUCAUGGAAUUAUAUGGGUUGUUUGGAUGAUGCUAUAUGAG